CCCCAAAUUCUCAAAGCACUUAAACCCUAGCCUCCCCUUCUCCCCACCACCCCCAUGGCGCCGCCGUCGCAGCAGCUGGUGUUCGCAGCCUCCUCCACCGACGCUGGCGUGGCCGCAUGGGAUCUCCGCACGGGCGCUGAGGCCAUCCGUCACCGCCCCUGCGCCUCCAGGCCACGUGCCCUCGUAGCCGUUGCCGACCGCUUCCUCGCCGCCGCCCAGGCCCCCGCCGGCAACUCCGCCCCCAUCUACUACUACCACUGGGACAAGCCACAGGUGGCCGUGAAGAGCUUCCCCACCGAGCCAAUCCGCGCGCUCAUUGCUGACCCGGAGGGGAGUUAUCUCAUUGGAGGCGGGGUUUCCGGUGACAUAUUCUUUUGGGAGGUGGCUACUGGAGAGCUUCUUGUCCGAUGGCAUGCACACUAUCGUGAUGUUAGGUGUCUUGCCCUCUAUGACUUGUUGCUCGUCUCGGGGUCUGAAGAUGGGAGCAUCAAAGUUUGGGAUCUUAUCACGAUGCUUGAUGAGCUGGCAAGGUCAGAGGCAAAGACACCAUACUUGUAUAGCUUCAAUCAGCAUGCACUUCCUGUAACUGACAUUGCUUGUUUCCAUGGAGCAAUUGCUGUAUCGUCUUCAGAGGAUCGCACCUGUAAAAUUUGGAAUCUAUCUGAGGGCAGGAUGAUAAGAAGUAUUUCAUUUCCUGCUAUCAUUGAUUCCAUUGAACUAGACCCAAGAAGUCAUAUUUUCUAUGCUGGUGGUAGAGAUGGAAAGAUAUAUGUUACUGCUAUGGGUGUUGAUGUCACCUCUCAGGGCAGUGGUGAUUCAUCUAUUCUUGGCGCUUUGGAUGACCACAGCAAGGGAGUGACCAGCUUAGCAUCAAGCACAGAUGGGCUUCUACUAGUCUCCGGAUCAGAAGAUGGCAGUGUUCGGGUUUGGGAUACCAGAACUCAGCAAGUAACCAGGAAAUUCAAACAUUCUCAAGGUCCAGUAACUAAUGUUCUCAUAGUAACACCCAAGAGAGUAAAUCUGCCACCCCUGCAACCACUGCGUAAAGUUUGUGCAGCAAAUGGAGAAGUUGAACCACAAGCUGUAAUUCUGCCCGACCCUGAAAAUGAUGUUCACAUUGCUGAAUAUCGCAGCUCUAACCUUCUAGAGCGUUGCUUGGAUUCACUUCAGCAGCACGGCAAUUCUAGUUUAUUUGAUUCUGGGGCGAGCACUCUCAAUGGCAUGCCGAACCAACUAGGGACAGAAUGGAGAAGUAAAUACCUAGAGUUGCAAGAUCUUUUUGUGCAUCAGGUUCUAGGUCAGACGCCAUCUUCAAUGGACACAUGAUAUUGCGUGAGUGGAUAUUACAGAUCAUUACUGUCAGUUAGGAAGCUUGUGGUGAUAGAUCAACAAAUGAGAUGGUCGGUAUUAUAAAAAACUGGGUGAUUCUAAUGGAUGUCAAAAUGAGUUAGUGUCAACACAAACAUCUUCAAAUCGAGCGAAGGUUGGUGAAUUUAGUUGAUAUAUGUGAAAAUUGUGAUUUGACCGAGUUAACAGAAACGAAGAAAGUUUUCUGCAUUGGUGAAUCGUGUAUCUGAUCGUCUAUUAUGACUAGAAUGGUCAACUCAGCACCGUAUUAGUUUUGGUUUGGUUUCAGUCCUGCAGGAUGCAGCUGAACUUAUAGACACUACGGCUGUAUGGGAUGAUUUACCACCGACACAAGUAACAUAGGCGGACAUGCCUGGACUGUUGAAUUUUGAUACUGCCCACCUUCAGUGCCAUUUUUUGUACAUUCAAAUUGGUUCGUAUGUGUUGAACUUUGUGCAACUUGGUUAACCUAUCUUGCUGUGGUUGGUACAA